AUGAAGCCAUUCAGGCGAAGAUCGGCCGAAUCAUCCCUCGCUGUAGCCAUCCUGCUAUGCAUCCAACAAAUUCAAGCAAUCACCCUCGACCUCCAAAAUCCAGAUUCGAUAAAAGCCGCGUCCAAGAUCGUUGCUGAUGAGAUGGUCUCAUACUACACUGGCUACCGGCCUGGGGACGUGCCUGGAAAUCUACCAGCACCGUACUACUGGUGGGAAGCAGGUGCCAUGUUCGGAGCGUUGAUCGACUAUUGGUAUUUCACUGGGGACGACACCCACAACGCCAUAACCACCCAAGCCAUGCUUCAUCAGGUCGGUCCUCAGAACGACUUCAUGCCCCCCAACCAGACCAAAACCGAAGGAAACGAUGACCAGUCCUUUUGGGGUAUGGCAGCGCUCUCUGCCGCAGAAGACAACUUUCCAAAUCCUUCCGCAGACCAACCCCAGUGGCUGGCGUUGGCUCAGGCAGUGUUCAAUACCCAGGCAGCUCGAUGGGAUACCUCUUCCUGCGGUGGUGGAUUGAAAUGGCAGAUCUUCUCUUUCAACGGUGGAUACAACUACAAGAAUACCAUCUCGAAUGGCUGCUUCUUCAACAUGGGUGCUCGCUUGGCGGUGUACACCAACAAUCAGACAUAUGCUGAUUGGGCUGAUCGGAUGUGGAACUGGUGUAGUGCAAUCGGUCUCAUGGAUGACCAGUAUUUCUUCUAUGACGGCAGUGAUGAUCUGCUCAAUUGCACCAAGCUUGAUCAUCUGCAAUGGACAUACAACGCUGGGACCUUCCUGGUCGGUGCUGCAAACAUGUACAAUUAUACGGAUGGCAGCCCGGUUUGGGAAGCCCGCAUCAACGGCAUCAUCAGCGGCAUCACCAAGAUUUUUCUCAAAGACAAUGUCAUCUACGAACAAGCUUGCGAACCUGUGGGGACCUGUAAUAUCGAUCAACGCUCUUUCAAAGCUUACCUCGCAAGAUGGAUUGCCGCCACGAUAGUCAGAGCGCCCUUUACUUAUGAUCAAUUGAAGCCAAUACUGGAGGCAUCGGCGCAGGCCGCGGCGGCAUCAUGCACCGGAGGUGACGGAGGAGCUUCUUGCGGACUGCAGUGGACCACAGGAGCAUUUGAUGGGAGCACCGGUGUUGGCGAACAAAUGUCAGCAUUGGAAGUCAUACAGUCGAACCUGAUAAGCGUCUCGGCCGGACCAGUCACAGAAGGAUCAGGAGGCACCAGCAAGGGUGAUCCCAGCGCGGGUACAACAAGCGAUAUUGGUCCUGGAGACCUGCACGCGGAGCCGCUCACUACGGCAGACAGGGCUGGCGCUGCAAUUCUGACGGUUUUGAUAUGUUUGGUCAUUAUAGGAGGCGCUUGGUGGAUGGUGAUCUGA